AUGCUCAAGGAAUUGAACGAAGCAGGGAAGAGAAUAGGACUGCGAAUAAACAGAAAGAAGACACAGUUCAUGAAGAAUGCCUACUGCGAGGACGAAGGAGUACAACUUGAAGGCUUCCAAAUCGUGGAAACUUCGUCAUACGUAUACCUCGGACGUUCUAUGAACAUGGAAAACGACUUGAAGGAAGAACUGAAUAGAAGAAUGAGAGCAGCAUGGGCAGCAUUCGCAGCCAUCAGGGAAGCUACAGACCUACUGACGGACCAAGAUCUUCGUGCCCAUCUGUUCGACUCGACAGUUCUUCCAGCGCUCUGUUACGCAGCGGAGACGUGGGCAGACACCGCGGCCACGUCUAGGAAGCUACUUACUACCCACAGAGCCCUUGAGAGGCCUUCUGAAGUUUAA